CUAGCCUAGCACUCUCGCUGGAACCUCUGGCCCGAACGUUCCCUUUGCCCUCCGGCUGCGGAGCGGGCGGGAUCCUGCACCGCUGUCGCUGCAGCCCGGGCGGGCGGGGCGGCGGCAGCGGCACGCGAGCCCGGAGGAGGGCCGUACCACCAUUCGCCAGCACGCGGGGGGAGCCGCUCGCCCCGCCGCAAACGCCUCGGCGACCCCGCGGGGCUGAGGCGUCGCCGCGCCCGGGAGCUUGAGCGCCGAGCCGGCCUCGACCCCGAGCUCGGAGCCCCGCGGGCAGCGCCCGCCGCCGGCCCCACCCAUCCGGGCCGAGGAGGCCGCGACCAUGGCUGAGAUGGAGGAGCGGAGCCUGGACAACUUCUUCGCCAAGAGAGACAAGAAGAAGAAGAAGGAGCGGAGCAACCGGGCGGCAAGCGCCGCGGGUUCGGCGGGCGUCGCCGGCGGGAGCAGCGGAGCCGCGGGCGCGGCGGGCGGUGGGGCGGGCGUGGGGACCCGGCCGGGCGACGGCGGGACCGCGGGCGCGGGGGCCACGGGCCCCGGGGCCGCCACCAAGGUUGUGACAAAGGAUGAAGAUGAGUGGAAAGAAUUUGAGCAAAAAGAGGUUGAUUACAGCGGCCUAAGAGUUCAAGCAAUGCAAAUAAGUGAAAAGGAAGAAGAUGAAAAUGAAAAAAGAGAAGAUCCAGGUGAUAACUGGGAAGAAGGCGGAGGAGGUGGUGGUGGUGUAGAAAAAUCUUCAGGUCCCUGGAAUAAAACAGCUCCGGUACAAGCACCUCCUGCUCCAGUAGUUGAAACCCCAGAACCGACAAUGACUAGUGGCGUGUAUAGGCCUCCUGGGGCCAGGUUGACCACAACAAGGAAAGCACCCCAAGGACCACCAGAAAUCUACAGUGAUACACAGUUCCCAUCCCUGCAGUCCACUGCCAAGCAUGUAGAAAGCCGGAAGGAUAAAGAAAUGGAGAAGAGCUUUGAAGUAGUAAGACACAAAACUAGAGGUAGGGAUGAGGUUUCAAAAAACCAGGCCCUUAAACUUCAGCUAGACAACCAGUAUGCUGUGCUUGAGAAUCAGAAAAGCAGCCACACACAGUACAAUUAAGGAAUGGUGUUUGCUAACCCUUCUAAGGUAACUAGACCACAGCUAACCACCACGGACAGCCAUCAUCAUCUGAUCUCUGCUGGAUCUACAACUGAUGCAGACCACUCGGUAUACGGGACCGGCCCUAUUGCACUAUGGAAGUUUAAAGUAUCACAACUGCUCUUUAUGUGUAUUGGAUUUAGGGAGAUUUUCAUUGUUAUAUAAAUGUGUCAACUAGAUUCAGCAGUGUUCUUUCAGAGUUACUCUGCAAAUACAAAAUAAUCGAAAACUGCAGCCAGUGGUCAUUUCAAAAUCUUUUUAUGUUCAGAUACUGAGCCUUCGUAAGGGUUGACUACCUCAGAUUUGCUGCACUCAUUGUGGACUUCAUGUGGAUCACAACUUCUGGAUAAGAAGGUUACAGCUUUUAAGUGUCGAUGUGAAACUUGAAACCAGCUCUACUGGAUUCCUAUCAGAAAUCCUGCAGAAAGUCAGCCAUCUUCUGGGUUCUGAUCUGCUGUAAAAGAUGAAGAUUUAAGUGACCUUAAUUAACCUGUCCUGUGCCCCAUUCAUAAGGAACACUCUGUAGUGGGUAUUAGACUUCCUGGAACAUGCCGCUCUCUAAAGAACUGAUGUGUUCAGAUAAUCUGUGUAGGGCUGUGAUUUAUAAUUUAAACUUUGAGUUGUAUUCUGAGGUAACCACAAAUUAAAUUCAACCAAACUCGGGUCACCAAGUGGGAAAAGGGGUGUGGGGGGGGAAUAAUCUUAUUUUUUUAGUAAUUUUUUAUUUGCGUAGUACUUUUUCUGUGUUCCAUAUUAAGGCUUUUUUUUUCUUUCUUUCUUUCUUUUUUUUUUGCUUUGACUUGGAAUAGUUCUUUGACAGAGCAUAUUGCUUGGCUAAGUAACCUGAAAUAUGCAUUGGAAUUGUGAAACGUCUCAUGAAUUUGCCAAUCCCUAGAGCAGAACCAGAUGGCCUUUGAUACAAAGGGCAGUAGAUGCAGGGGGCUCUACUUCAGGUGCUGCUAAAGCUUCCUCUAAUCAGGUCUAAGUUGUAUAGUAAACUUGUGGAAAGAGUAUAUUUUCUGCUCAGGCCAAGGGAGUCACAGAUGUGUCCUUAUAAAUUCAAAGCAGUGAGAGCAGAACCUCAACCUAAAACCCACUGAAGUUUCAUGGAUCUUGCAUGAUCUCUGACAAGAAUUCCAGAUGCACUUGUGCCCAAACGUUUAAGGUAUUAGACGCAGUGAUUGUCUCAGCCUAGCUCUGUCAUCAACCUCCUGGUGUGUCUUUUUACGUUGUUCAUUUGGAGAGUCAGGGGCGAAAGACAGGUGAUGUAGCACUUCUGUUUUUAAUGAUUACAGCUUAAACUAUCCAGUAAUUUUUAGUCCUGGAAAAGGACAUCAGGACGCUACCCAGGAUUACUGAAAAGUCUUUCCAUCUAAUGAGAUAGUCUGGUAAUUUCCUAGUUUUGUAUCUUCGGUUCAAUAGAAAUAUUUCAAAGUGGCAUGUGACCACUUGAUGCAGAGUCUGGAUUUCUCUGUAAUAAAAUCCCUUUGCCAAAUGUAGGAGUUGCAGACUUGCUACUGGCAAGAGUGAAGCAAAUGGGUGAGUAAAACUAUCCUGAUGUGGGAGCAUUUUCCUCUAGGAGUUCAGUCUUGAUAAGUGUCAGUGCAGGAAUCGCACUCCUAGGAGUGUUACAGAGUCAUCUACUGUCAGAUGCGAACCAUAUCUGGGCAAUAAUGUUGGCAUUAUUUGAAGUGGCAGGCAGGAUGCCUACGUUCUGGUGUACUUGGGUGAGUAGCUGAGCCAGCCAAGGAGAGGUUGGAUGAGUGAGAAACAAAGGAUUCUUGGUUAAUCUGAAGACUUCAUUUGAGAACCAAAAAUCUUUUAACAAAUAACCUCUUGGACCUUGAGCCACAUAUUUCCCCUAAAAAGUAUGCAUUUUUUUCCAGCAAAAUUUCGUUGGGGGUUAUGUUAUUGAGGAAUGAACUGAGACGAAUAUGUGGAAAUGUUACUUAAUGGCAUAGAAAUCUGAAGACCUGCAGGAGAUUUAAAAUUCCAACCCUUCUUAUAACUUUUUAAAAGAUUGUGAAAUUAUCAAAAUGCACAUGAAUCAAGUUUUAAUAUGCUGUAUGAUGGGUGGAUGAGGCUGUCCAUUGUACCAUUUCUUUCUUUGAAUUCUCAGGCAUGGUUUGGCAGUGCAAAAACUCUGUAACAUUAACAAAUUCAAUAAAAAGUAAAUAUGUA